GGAGGAAACAUGAGCUCCAGGAAAGUGAUGGCCAUCCAGGCUAGAAAGAGGAGGCCGAAGGGGAAGAAGGAUAAAGCGGGUCACCAUCGCAGGCCUGACACCCAGCAGAAAGCCCCGGUGACUGCUCCUCCUCCCCCGCCGCCCCCUCCACCUCCCCCUGAGCCGGCUGGGCCCCCAGAGCCGGAGGAGGAGAUCCUGGGCUCCGACGAUGAGGAGCAGGAGGACCCCGCGGACUACUGCAAAGGAGGGUACCAUCCGGUGAAGAUCGGGGAUUUGUUCAACGGGAGGUACCAUGUGAUCAGGAAGUUGGGGUGGGGCCACUUCUCCACCGUAUGGCUAUGCUGGGACAUCCAAGUGAAGAACUUUGUGGCGAUGAAGGUGGUGAAGAGCGCUCAGCAUUACACAGAGACGGCCCUGGAUGAGAUCAAACUGCUGCGAUGUGUGAGAGAGAGUGACCCCAGCGAUCCCAAUAAGGAUAUGGUGGUACAGCUGAUAGAUGACUUCAAGAUUUCAGGAGUCAACGGGAUACACGUUUGUAUGGUGUUUGAAGUGCUGGGUCAUCACCUGCUGAAAUGGAUUAUUAAAUCCAACUACCAAGGUCUCCCGUUGCCGUGUGUCAAGAGUAUUAUCAGACAGGUCCUGCAGGGCUUGGACUACCUCCACACGAAGUGUAAAAUCAUCCACACAGACAUAAAGCCGGAGAACAUCCUGAUGUGUGUAGAUGACGUCUUUGUUAGGCGUAUGGCCAUGGAAGCAACUGAAUGGCAGAAAGCUGGAGCUCCACCACCAUCUGGAUCAGCAGUUAGCACAGCCCCCCAGCUCAAACCGGUUGGAAAGAUCUCCAAGAACAAGAAGAAGAAGCUGAAAAAGAAACAGAAGCGGCAAGCCGAGCUUCUGGAAAGGCGAAUGCUGGAGAUUGAAGCCCUGGAGAGGGAGGCAGAGAGGAGGGAAGAGAAGGCCAAAGAAGGAGGGGAGAAGGCGACGCUCGACCGCAACCUGCCUUCACCGCUGCAGCCGCCGCAACCGCCUCCGGGCCACAGCACGUCCCUGGGAGACAGCGACGAUGACGACGACGAUGAGGAGGACGGAGAGGACGAGGAGGAGGAGGAGGGAGGAGAGAGGCCCAUCAGGCUGACUAAUCAUACAUGUGCAGCACCUCCCCAGGAGCAGAGCGAGGCAACCCACAUCACAGAUGAUGACCCUGAUGAGGAGGCGGAGGAAGAAGAAGAGGAGCUUACGCCUGUCGCUGAAAAAGAUGCCCCUAUUCCCCCCGCCUCAGAGCAAGGCAGCGGAGAUCCAACACAAGCAGAGGUUGAGCCAGAAGAGGCAGAGGAGGAAGAGGGAUUAAAAGGGACAGAGAAUGAGAAUGAGGAGGAGGAAACAGAAGAGAAGGUAGCAGAAGAAGAAGAGGAGGAGGAGGAAGAGGAGGAAGAAGAAGAAGACGAAGAAGACGAAGAAGAAGAAGAGGAGGAGGAGGAUAAAGAGACAGAGGAGCCAAAGAGUGAGAGCAAAACAGAGCAGGAGGUGGUGGUGGUGGUGGAAGAAGAGGUUUCAAAGAAGCAAGAGGGGGAGGAGGAGGACGAAGAAGAAGAGGAGGAGGAGGAAGAGGAGGAGGAAGAUGAGGAUGAUGACACGACUACUGACCUCCUCACAGAUAACACCUCCCCCAUCAAACCCCACAUCAAUAAAACCAAUUCGGUCAAAACCAACGGCCAUGUUUUGUUAGGCUCUGAGGGACUGAAACCAAACCCAGGCACGCCUCCGCCUCCUUCCCCCACCCCAGAGCCUCUUCUCUGCCCCCUGGUGGAGUCUGAGCUCAGCUACACAGACAGGGACAACUCUCUGAGCUCUGGUUAUGAGAUGUAUAACGGCGAGCUUGGAGAGCCAGGACUCACCAAUGGCUCCAGUGAGCGGCAUCUAGGUACAAUUCCCAUUUUUCCCGACUUGCCUCUGGAUCCCGAGCCGGGAAACACCAUUUGUGUCGGUACGGCAGACAUUGAAGCAGGACCUUCACCCAACAGCCCCACUGCAGACCGCAGUCGCACCGUGUCCUCCUCGAGCACGGGAGACACACCGAAAGUCAGAGCCAGAGCUGCAGAUCUUCUGAUCAACCCUCUAGAUCCGCGCAACGCAGACUCUAUUCGAGUCAAAAUUGCUGAUCUUGGAAAUGCAUGCUGGGUGCAUAAGCACUUUACAGAGGACAUUCAGACAAGGCAGUACCGCUCCAUCGAAGUCCUAAUAGGAGCGGGUUACAGCACUCCUGCUGACAUCUGGAGCACCGCCUGCAUGGCAUUUGAGCUGGCCACUGGAGAUUACCUGUUUGAGCCUCACUCUGGAGAAGACUACUCCCGCGAUGAGGACCACAUCGCUCUGAUCAUGGAGCUCCUUGGGAAGGUCCCACGCAAAGUGGUCGCUGCUGGGAAGUACAGCCGAGAGUUUUUCACCAAGAAAGGUGAACUGCGGCACAUCACCAAGCUGAAGCCGUGGUCCCUGUUUGACGUGCUGGUGGAGAAGUACGGCUGGUCGCACGAAGACGCCGGUCAGUUCACUCACUUCCUUCUGCCCAUGCUGGAGAUGGUGCCUGAGAAGAGGGCCUCGGCCGGCGAAUGCCUCAAUCACCCGUGGCUCAACUCCUAGCCACAAACACUGAGCAACGCCCUUCUCCUCUUCCCCGCUGCCCACCCAACAGUUAGCCCAAACACCACCCCCACCCUGGUGGCAGCCUUUGGAACCCCGAUGUGGAAAGAAGCUGGCAACAGAUGAGAAGGACCUCCUUAAUGCAUUAUCUCACAUAUCCAUUUCAUGCUUACCUGAAAAUGCUUAACCUCCCACAUUUCUUUUCCCAAAAGGAAUGUAAAGACGAACUUGUGGAGAUAAAAUGACAAAAACAAUCAGACUGUUGGAGGAUGAAUGCUGCCCACUUUGGAAAAGGGAGAAGUUGGGCUCUGCCUGAAAGAAAUGUGCUUUCUUCUCUUUUUCUGCCGUCAGGAUGCCGGUCAGUCUCUUACAUCUGUCUGUCUCUUCCUAAUUAUAAUUUUUUUAAAAAUCUGUCUCGGGCGAUGGACAGCUGCUGAUCUUCUCAGUAUUUUGAAAGAAAAGUCAACAAGUAGCCUUGAUGUAUUGCUGAUGGCCCACAGCUCCAUCUGCCAUGACCUUUACACAGCCAGGGCCUCAAACUCAGAUGAGAGUAUGUGUGUGUGUGUGUGUGUGUGUGUGUGUGUGUGUGUGUGUGUGU